GCUUCUCGCCGCCGUUAUUAGACAAGCGGCAACAUUCUGGCGGACGCCGCGCCGGGGACGUUCAGUCGCGACCGCGUACCCCAUCCGCGCUGCUCGCCUGCUCUCCGGCCCCCAGGAACAGCCGAUACUGCCCGAAGAUCGCGAUCAUUUUCCGCCGCGAUACCGGCCGAUAGAGCAGCGGUUGCUCCGCCGGUCCAGCGACCCCUCUCAACCUCCUCCGACCGGAACGAACCCUUCUCCUAGGCAGCCGAGACACCAACGCGAGGAGGCAACGCGGCGCUAUCACCCGACGUCUCGCGAGCUAAUGCUCUCGCUACUACCCUCCAGCGGAGGCGCCGACCGACUGAGGAACCUUCUUUGAUUACACUAAGGUGACAAAACGGGAAAGACAACAAAUGCCGGUGGGAGGACGGGUCGCUGGGAAGGUCGGGAUCUACAGCUCCCAUCAUAAUGGGAAAGGAUACAGUGGCAUAAACGAAGAGAUCAUAUGGAUCAGCAUCGGCAUGGGGAUCACGAUCGCGGUGUUGAUCACGAUCGCGCUCUGCUACAUCGCGCGGGAGAAGUGGCGGAAACGGCACGAGGGUUACUACACCUUCUGACGCACGCUCCCGCCGCCCUCGUGGGCCACCUGGUCCUACAAGCCCACGACGCCCGGCGUCUUCUUCAGCCCGACGACAUCGAGAGGCAAGCCGAGGGCGUACUACAUCACCGUCUAACGCGGGCGUCCGGUGACUAAUGACUACGUUUCAGCUCGACCGGACUCGACGUUUCAUGGCGGACGAAAAAUCGACCGAAACCAUUUGUCCUUCAAGCCUCCCCCUCGUCCUUCGUUCCUCUUGCCGCCGCUCUCGUCCGCGAACAGGAUUUCAAACUCGAAAGAGGGAUCGUCUAGAUUCUGGAGUUGAUCCGCGAUGCACCGAACUGAUUUAUAGCCGACAGACGGAGUAGGUGGAUUUUUGGCGGCGACUAGAUUGACCUUGAUUUGCAAGUAAAUUGUCAAUUAGUGCCGCUGGUAACAGCAGAUUUCUUUUAUGAGAGCAGUCCCUGCCAAAAGAUUGAGACCGUUUAGUCGAAUUGAUUGUUAUGGUUCAGGUGUGCGUUGAAAGAGCUGUGUCAGAGACGAGUUCUUACAUAAAGAUUUCAUUAAAACCGCGAGGAACGUUGGAAGUUAUGGUCCGAAUUCUUUUUCUACCGGAGGCUGUGCAACAGCUGAACCGUUCAUGCAUAAUUCAUCAAUUAGUAACGCUGCGAGUAUUUUAUAUUCCCAAGACACAUGGUGGUUCUCAACCUGGCCGCUGCCACAAACUGUGCUAUCCUCGCCUAAAUAAUAAAUCGGCCAAAAAAAGAAUGCUCGAAUAUUCGACGAAAACGGAUGUACCUAUUAGAUGCAGUGGUUAUUUAAGGCAAUAGUUUAUUGAUCCUAUUACGCUACGGGAAAGAUGAACAUUGCCAGCACAUGCUUCUUGAGAGAUGUCUUUUCCAAAGGUCGUCCGAAGGUCAGCGCAUUGUACAUUUCCAUUGGCUCUAAUAUUACACUGAUCAAGCUACGUCGUCCAAUUUGAAAAAGAAGGGUGUACAGGGUGUCCCAAAAUUAUUGUACGAGCGAGAAAUGAAACGUUCUUGAGGU